AUGAUAAAAAUUAAUCAACCUUAUUUCAUUUUAAAUUUAAGUCCAUGACCAAUCUUAAUAUCAAUAAAUACUUUCAACUUAAUAAUUUCUAAUUUAAUAAUAAUAAAUUUUAAAUUUAAUUUAAUAUUAUUAAUAAACUUAUUCAUAAUUAUUAGUAUUUCAAUUUUAUGAUGACGAGAUAUUAUUCGAGAAAGAACAUUUCAAGGUAAUCAUAAUUUUUAUAUUAUAAAUUUAAUUAAAUUUAGAAUAAUUUUAUUUAUUAUUUCUGAAAUAUUUUUAUUUAUUUCAUUUUUCUGAAAUUUUUUACAUAACUCAUUAGCACCAUCAAUUGAAUUAGGAUUAAAUUGACCUCCAAAAAAUAUUAAUUUUUUUAAUCCAUUAUUAAUUCCAUUAUUAAAUACAAUUAUUUUAUUAACAUCAAGAUUUACAAUUACAUUAACUCAUUUAUAUUUAUUAAAUAAUUCAAAAAAAAAAACAAUAAUUUUUAUAAAUUUAACAAUUAUUUUAAGUAUUUAUUUUUUAAUACUUCAAAUAUUAGAGUAUAAACAAGCAACAUUUACAUUUUCAGAUUCAAUUUUUGGAUCAUCAUUUUAUAUAGCAACAGGUUUCCAUGGAUUACAUGUAAUUAUCGGAACAAUAUUUUUAAUUAUUAACUUAAUACGAAUAUUAAAAUUACAUUUUUCAUAUAUUCAUCAUAUUAGAUUUGAAUUAGCUGCAUGAUACUGACACUUUAUUGAUAUUAUUUGAUUAUUUUUAUAUAUAACUUUUUACUGAUGAAAUAAUUA